UUAAGUAAGAAUUUUCCAUGAAGGUUUUAUUUUAAUGUACAAUAUUUGUUGGAAGAUAAUUGCAUAAGUAUUAUAUCCAAGAAACUUUAAAAUGAAUUAUUUAGCGUUGUUCAUAUUUUGUUUUGUUAUUUUCCACGCUCCUAACUGUAAUGGCAGAGGUUGCGGUUGUGGCGGUGGUGGAGGCUGUGGUGGUGGCCCAGGUGGUCGUAGUGGUGGUGGUUGUCCCUGUAGUAGCGGUGGUUGUGGACCACCAGGAAGAAUGCCUUUUGGUGGAAGCGGUUGCCCACCUGGCGGAUGUCCACCAGGCGGUGGUAGAAGAGGCGGUUUUCCAUUUGGCGAUGGAGGUGGUUGUCCACCUGGCGGUUGCCCACCAGGCGUUGGUCCUACUGGCGGUGCAGGCAGUUUUCCAUUUGGCGGUGGUAUAGGAGGAGGCCGUAUCCAAAUUGGUGGUGGAGCCGGUUUUCCAUUUGGCGGUGGUAUGGGAGGCGGUAUCCAACUUGGUGGUGGAGGUGGUUGUCCACCUGGCGGUUGUCCACCAGGCGUUGGAGGUGGUUGUCCACCUGGCGGUUGUCCACCAGGCGUAGGUAUGGGAGGCGGUUUUUCAUUUGGUGAUGGUAUAGGAGGUGGUUUUUCAUUUGGUGAUGGUAUGGGAGGCGGUAUCCAACUUGGUGGUGGAGGUGGUUGUCCACCAGGCAUUGGACAUCAUUCAGAACCACAAUAUUACCCAGAUUAUGAUGAUGAUUUCAAUUAUACUAAUGACGAAGUCGAUUCAAAACAAAUGGAUAAGGAAUAUACAAUACAACAACUAAAAGAUUUCCAUUAUACUAAUGACGAAAUCGAUAAUAUAAUACAUAACAAACAUGACCAAUCCCUCUCAAAUAGUGAAAUAAAGACGUGUGCAUUUUGCUAUGCAAAUACAACUAAUAAGAAUUUAGGUAAUUGCAGUCAUAUAUAUUGUAAUAGUUGUAAAGAACAGAUGAAAAAUUCAAACAGUGGAUGUCCAUAUUGUAAAAAAUCCUAGAUUCUGUAAAUUUUUUUUUAUAGAAUAAAAAAUUUUGAAUUAAUUAAAUUAUAAGUACUAUCUUUAUUCUUAUCAACAUAAAAUUUUGAAGGUUUAUACGUUCAGUAAAAAAAAAAAAAAAAAAGAUAUAUUAAAACUUAUAGAAUAUGUAUUUAAUUUUUUUUAUUUGUCGAUUGUAAUAUUAUUAUUAUUAAAUAUACUAAGUAUUAUAUAUAUGGAGCAGAAAUCAUCUAAGGAAUAAUCUCUUUUUAGGAUAUUCAAUAAUACGAUUUAUUAAUAAAUAUUUUAAACCAGUACCUUACAACUUAUAAGUAAGCUCACGCUAAUGUUUCUAUCACAAGUAAUUUUACAGCAUCUCAGGGAUUUUACUAGAGAUUACUAGUUUACUUUUCCAAGAUGUAAAAAGACCAUUUUUUCCUAAAAUAAUGGGGAUGUAAACUUCUUGGUCAAUAUUCUCUUGCAUUAAAUCUGCUUCGGUAUAAGAAAAUAUUUUGUCCUUAUGACUUAUUUUUUUUUCUCAUAUUAACCUAAGUGGUGAACAUUAUUUUGAGAUGAUUUAAAAUAUAUUACCCAGUAAUA